AUGCUCCCGAAUACCAACAGGUCAGUCUGGCUCCUGACGUCUGUCUCUUGCCAACAGGCGACUGCCUACAUUGUCCAGUUUGGUCUGUCGUCUCAGUCUUGUCCCGUGACGACGUCAACCACCCAAUCGGGAUUCGAGCUCGUGUUGUGUCAUCUUCUAUUCUCUCGCCUCACCUCCACCACCGCCUGGCCCCAAAGGAAAGAGAAGGUGAAGAAAUGCAAAGCAGCAGAUUUGAGCGACGAAAAAGGAAAUCUGUUUCCAGGAGACUAUGAGCCGGAAGAUGUACAGUCGAGGUCACAUCAAGAGAACCAAAGUUCGAGCCGCCAAAAGCGUCUUAUUGUGAAACUCUUCUCGGGAAUGAAGAAGAAAGAAGAGAAGGAAGAUGAGGGCGAUGAAGAGGAGAAGGAGAAGGAGGAGGAGGAGGAGGAGGAGGAAGAGGAGGAAGAGGAGGCGACCGAAUGGUCUGAGCAAAACUCGUUUCGCAAUACCAUCGAGGAGGGCUUGAAUGUGGUCAAACGACUCAAGAGUAAAGUUGUAGCUCCCGUCAAAAGUCUCAAUCAAUUCACGUCUCGAAGAGGCACUUCAAACGACGACAAAAACCAAAGUGCCUUGUGGUCGAUCUUUCAACGCAAUGACUACAGCAUUGAUGAACGUCGGUUGAGGCUUAUCAAGCAGUUGUCACGAAUAAAAGAUCGCCGAGUCUUCGCCAUUGAACAGGCCUCAUUUUGCCGGAUUCGAUUGGUGGAAAAUCCCAUCCAAAAGACACAAAUUGUUCCUACUCACUUUUCUGCACUCAAGCCCAAAAAGGAAUCAACAUUUGAGCAUCAUAUGCUAGUUUAUUUGCGCAAGGAAACAGCUGCCACCGAACGCAUUUCCGGUUUUUGGAUGUUAACUUCACUCAUUAGCAAGCAUGUAAAGUAA